GAGAGAGACAGACAGACAGAGAGGGGGAGAGGGAGAGCACACUACAUCUGAGAGGAAAGGCAUUCCUUUCGACUGACCAUGAGGAUGAUAAACUCCACUAACUCCUCACAGGAUUCAUGGAGAUACGAGUGGGAAUAUUACUACGAUUAUUUAGACCCAAUACCAGUGGACGAGCGCAAACUGAAAUAUAACAAGUACUUGAUCGUGAUCAUAUUCUGGAUCAGUCUGGCUGCUUUUGUGGGAUUCCUGUUUGUCAUUUUGACUUUCAUGUCCCGCUCAGUCAGUCUACCCAAAGCUCACAGUUCUAAAAAGGCCAAGAAAUCGUGGAGGAACCCUAGAUCCAAUUCUGCUUGAUGGAGAAUACUUGAUCUGUUUUCUGCUUUAUCCCAACCCCUCUGAAAGACACACACACACACACACACACACACACACACACAUACACAUUGGGAGCAGAAGGCAGCCAGUGCAGAACCCAAAGAGCAAUUUUAGGGGUUAAGUACCCCAAGGACACACUGGCAGGAUAUGUCAUUUGGAACAUCACUGCUGUGGUCUGAUGGAAGAUUUCUCAACUCUUCAGAACGAUUAUAAAACAGAUGUAACAUCGACUAUCUGCAAUGUAAUAGCCUGGUUAUAAAGUGGGAUUCAAAUACAAGACCACACCAAAACGGUUUUACAACAUUUAAUAAAAGAGAAGUGAAUGUUUUCAACAAUAAAUGAAAUGAAUGACUUUACACAACUUCUUUUAGAAAAUUCAGAUGCAAAAUAAUGAGGCUUCCAUUUUAUGAGUGAAUACCGUUUCAAAAUAAUGAGGCUUCCAUUUUAUGAGUGAAUACCGUUUUCAAAUUUGUACAAGUAUGCAUGCUGUAUUCUGAUUUGAGAUUCUCAGAAAAUGUCCUCUCUCACUAGACGUAAAUUGAUGAUUUGCACAAAAGUCUGAGUUGUGCACACUUAUCUCAACUCUGAAUCUACUGUAUGGAACUGUUCUCUAUUCCACACACACACACACACACACACACCAAACAUUAGGAACACCUUCCAAACAUUGAGUUUCUACCCCCCCCCCCCCCCCCUUGCCCAUAGAACAGCC